UCAGUGCCCGUGAACGCUAAUCAAUGUCGUUCACGUGCUGAACGAACUCUGUUUCACGAGGCGAAGCAGAAGAAAAAGAAGAAGAGGCCCCGUGCAUCGCCAUUUCUGUUCGGAAUUCCUAUGGAUGAACAGCAUGGUAUCCCACACACGAACACGAACCAGUUCUUCAAAGAGCGGUAUCCAUGGGAAGGGUAGUCACUCGUCCGGAAAGAAGCGAAACAAGCUCGCGAAGGCGAAUGCAGAAGCUCCGCUUUUGGCUCCCCUCGACGAACCAGUCCCUGUGAAGGAGGUACAGCAAGCUGCUCCACCCGAACCAACCGAACCAAAGCGCAAAAAAGCGUACGCCAGCUUGUUUGUCGCGUGCGGACUGGUCCUCGUUGCCUUUGUCGUGGCAGGCUACUUCUAUUGGCGCAGUCCGCGAGGGAGCCGGACCCAGGACCACUGUACAAGCAAGAGCUGCAAGCGGGCCACCGCUGACUAUCAAGCCAUGCUCGGCAAGAAGUACAGCCCGUGCACGGACUUCUACAUGUACGCCUGCGGGGGAUGGCUUGUCAAGAACGCGGAGUCCAGGGGGUACGUCGAAGACAUUGCCAACGGCAUCAUUUCUGAAAUCCACAACGCGUUCUUCAACCGAACGGAAAGCCAUUCCGGAAAUGACCCACUGCAAAACGGCCGCAUAUUUUACAAGAGUUGCUACGACUUCACUCGGUCUGAAGAUGGCCUUGACCACUUGGCGAAAAUGGCCGCUAGCAGCCUCGAAUUGGACGAAACCCAGUGGGUGGGUAGCAGUGCUCCAGCAUUAUUCCGCUUCGUCGUUGAUCUCUCCCUUCGAAAAGGGGUCCCGACAAUAUUUCGGCUGGACAUUCUAAUGCUCAAGAAACCUAAUCUUAGGGUCGUGGUCGGUCGUUCCGUGACCCUAAUACUGAGUGCGAGAAGGAAGGACCUGGAGCCGGAAGAUCCACGUGUGAAAGAAUUCAUUCUCGGUGUCCUGCCGGGAUUCAACACCGACCCGUCCGAAAACGAACGCAUUUUCCAGGCCCUGAUGGAAUUUGAGAAGAGCUUUCACCUGCAGUCGAAAAGGACAGACGUAGCGGACACUAACCUCACUUGUAUGGCGGGCAACUGCCAGCUCCCGACGAUUCCGGGCAAGCUCACCUCGAGAGAUUGGGACACCGCCAUUCAGAAGAGCCUCGGCGAUGUGGCGACUGCCAAGAUGAGGAGGAUGCUGCCGUACCCGCGGCCCUUGGAAAAUGUUACCCUGGCGUUUUUCGCCGCGGAUCCGGCGAUCCUCCUUCGUUACAUAUUUUUGCUCGCCAUCACCAACUUGUUCGAACCACGGGCGGGCGACCCUCGACAAGCUUGCGCCAGCUUGACGUUGAAGCAUUUCGCCGCCAGCACGACUUACCUGCUUGGCGAAAAACGCAAUAAGCCGGGACUACGUAAACAUUUCGCGAAAUUCGUGGAAGGAGUCCGGGACACGGUGGGGCAGGCGCUGACGAACGCCACGUGGAUGACGCCAGCCACCAUCGACAGCGCGAGGAGAUUGGUACGGGACACGAAGUUCGUCCUUCCGGACACGGCGCCCCCAGCGGUGAGCGAUACGCUCGCCAUGACGGACAGUUUCCUGAAGAACUACCCGUACGUGCUGCAGCGCUACAGUGAGACUCUGAACAGGCAUCCCAGGCAUAGACAGCCCACCUUUGGCGUGAGAAGUAGCCAGUUGUACGCCAAUGUCGAAGUGAAUAGUGAGAGUAACCACAUUACGAUCACGAAUGGACUGAUGUGGUAUCCGUGGUUCUACGACGAUGACGGCAGCGGUUCCAUCAACUAUGCCACGGUGGGAUUUCGGGUGGCACACGCGCUGUUCACGGUCGUCGCAUGGCGCGUUUUCAAUACGUGGCCCAGCGAGGUGAGACCGAAGUUUGUGCAGCAGGUGGUUUGCGUGACCGAACAGUAUUCGACGUUAUUCGCCGGGAAGAUAAGGAAAAGCGAUGAAGAUCUCGCAAAGGUGUCCGUCUACGCUACCGCACGUGGGGUGUCUCUGGCCCUCCAGCUCAGUUCUUUCCCAGACGAGGAGGCGAAACGGCUGUUCUUCGGUCGGUACUGUCAGCAGUACUGCACUAGCCGUUCAAGUGGAAGGAGCAUUCUCAGGUCUCCCCUGAGUGCGAAGACGCUCUGCGAAUUUCCCGUCCUUCUGUCACCAUUGUUCGCGAAAACGUUCGCCUGUAAUGUUACGCACAAGUGCAUAUUGACGUGAUGUCAAAUUCACGGUCUAUAGUAAAAAAAAGUUCAAUUCAAAGUUUAA